UAUUUAAGUCAUUCUCUUAGCUUUUUCUCUCUCAUCAUCUUCAUCUUCUUCAUCUUGGUUGUUCUUGUGUUGUUUGUUGUUGGAUAUAAAUUUAAGAAUGGUGGAUCUUCAGAUCGUUUGCUGCUUGUGCGGCGACGUCGGCUUCCCUGACAAGCUCUUCCGCUGUAUCAAGUGCUCCAACCGCUUCCAACACUCGUACUGCAGCAAUUACUAUAGCGAAUCGGCGGAGCCAAUUGAGGUGUGUGAUUGGUGCCAGUGUGAAGGCCGGAGCUCCUCCAGAUCACACGGAACCUCCUCCAGAAGACCGCCACCAACCGCUACCCAACCCGCCGGAAUCAUGAGCCGCUCCGUUUACUCCGGCGACAAAAUCAAACACCAUCAUGAAGAUGCCGCCGCCGCCACCGUCGACAAGGGCAAACAAGGCGCCGCCGGCAGCGUCCCAUCGCCGAGGCCGACCACGCGGAGGUAUAAGCUUCUCAAGGACGUAAUGUGCUGAUAAAACGCAGCGUUUCGAUAUGCCCGAACAGGGUUGGUUUUAUUUUCUCUCUUUUUUUUCUCAAAUGUUAAUUAUUAAUAAAUAAUAAUAUUAUUAUUAUUA